AUGGAGGCUGAGGAUUUAAGUGGCAGAGAAUUGACGAUUGACUCCAUAAUGAAUAAAGUGAGAGAUAUUAAAAAUAAAUUUAAAAAUGAAGAUCUCACUGAUGAGCUAAGCUUCAGUAAAGUCUCUGCUGAUACAACAGAUAACUCAGGAACUGAAAACCAAAUUAUGAUGGCAAACAGCCCAGAAGACUGGUUGACUUUGUUGCUCAAACUAGAGAAAAACAGUGUCCCCCUAAAUGAUGCCCUUUUAAACAAAUUGAUUGGUCGUUACAGUCAAGCAAUUGAGUCACUUCCUCCAGAUCAAUAUGGCCAAAAUGAGAGUUUUGCUCGAAUCCAAGUGAGAUUUGCUGAAUUGAAAGCUAUUCAAGAGCCAGAUGAUGCCCGUGAUUACUUUCAAAUGGCCAGAGCAAACUGCAAGAAAUAUGCUUUUGUGCAUGUAUCUUUUGCACAGUUUGAACUAUCACAAGGUAAUUUCAAAAAAAGUAAGCAGCUUCUUCAUAAAGCUAUAGAAUGUGGAGCAGUACCAAGAGAAAUGUUGGAAAUUGCCAUACAGAAUUUAACUCUCCCAAAAAAGCAGCUGCAUUCAGAGGAAGAAAAGAAUUUAUCAGUAUUAACUGCCCAGGAAUCAUUCUCCAAUUCACUCGGACACUUACAGAAUAGGAACAUCAGUUGUGAAUCCAGAGUUCUGGCUAUUAAGCCCAGGUUUUUGUAUGGGGAGAACAUGCCCCCUCAGGAUGCAGAAAUAGCUCACCAAAAUCCUGUGAAGCAAACAAACAAAGCUAAACGGUCAUGUCCUUUUGGAAGAGUCCCAGUUAACCUUCUGAAUAGCCCCGACCGUCAUGUGAAGAUGAAUGGUUCAGGUCUACCAAGUUGCAGCAAAAGUAGACAGACCUCAGGAUCAGAAUGCCGAGAUGGGAGUGUGCCUGGUUCUAAGUCAAGCGGAAACGAUUCCUGUGAAUUGAGACGUUUGAAGGCAGUUCAAAAUAUCCAACCCAAGGAACCUUUGCUGUUAGAUGAGAAAAGUUCUGACCUUGCUACUGAUUCAAUAACUCUGAAGAAUAAAACUGAUUCAAGUCUUCUAACUAAAUUAGAAGAAACUAAAGCACCUCAAGAACCGAACAUUCCAGAAAGUAGCCAGAGACAAUGGCAAUCCAAAAGAAAGCCAGAAUGUGUAAACCAAAAACCUGCAGCAGCUUCAAAUCAGUGGCAGAGUCCAGAAACCCGAAAGAAACCUACCCCUUUUGCGCAACCUGCCUUUUCAGCUUCAAAACAGUCACCACCAAUAUCAGCACCUAAACGGAUUGAUCCAAAAUCUCUUUGUAAGACACCAAGCAACAGUACCCUGGAUGAUUAUAUGCACUGUUUCAGAACUCCAGUCGUAAAGAAUGACUUUCUGUCAGCUUGUCAGAUUUCAACACCUUAUAGCCAAGCUGCCUAUUUCCAGCAUCACAUGCCAGCUACACCACUUCAAAAUCUGCAGAUGCCAGCAUCCUCUUUAGCAAACGAAUGCAUUACAGUUAAAGGAAGAAUUUAUUCCAUAUUGAAGCAGAUAGGAAGUGGAGGUUCAAGUAAGGUAUUUCAAGUGUUGAAUGAAAAGAAACAGAUACAUGCUAUAAAAUAUGUGAACUUAGAAGAUGCAGAUAACCAAACUAUUGAUAGUUACCGGAAUGAAAUAGCUUAUUUGAAUAAAUUACAACAACACAGUGAUAAGAUCAUCCGACUUUAUGAUUAUGAAAUCACAGACCAGUACAUCUACAUGGUAAUGGAAUGUGGAAAUAUCGAUCUUAAUAGUUGGCUUAAGAAGAAAAAAUCUAUCAAUCCAUGGGAACGCAAGAGCUACUGGAAAAAUAUGUUGGAGGCAGUCCAUACAAUUCACCAACAUGGCAUUGUUCACAGUGAUUUGAAACCUGCUAACUUUCUGAUAGUUGAUGGAAUGCUAAAGCUAAUUGAUUUUGGAAUUGCAAAUCAAAUGCAACCAGAUACAACAAGUAUUGUUAAAGAUUCUCAGGUUGGCACAGUUAAUUAUAUGCCUCCAGAAGCAAUCAAAGAUAUGUCUUCCUCAAGAGAGAAUGGAAAAUUAAAAUCAAAGAUAAGUCCCAAAAGUGAUGUUUGGUCUCUAGGGUGCAUUCUGUAUUAUAUGACGUAUGGGAAAACACCAUUCCAGCACAUAAUUAAUCAGAUUUCUAAAUUACAUGCCAUAAUUGACCCUAAUCAUGAAAUUGCAUUUCCUGAUAUUCCAGAGAAAGAUCUUCAAAAUGUGUUAAAGUGUUGUUUAAUAAGGGACCCUAAGCAGAGGAUAUCCAUUCCUGAACUUUUGGCGCAUCCAUAUGUUCAAAUUCAAACUGAUCCAGGUAACCAGGUGGGUAAGGGAACUACUGAAGAAAUGAAAUAUGUAUUAGAACAACUUGUUGGUCUGAAUUCUCCUAAUUCCAUUUUGAAAACUGCUAGAACUUUAUAUGAACAAUACAGUAGUGGUGAAAGUCAUGAUUCUUCAUCAUCCAAUCCUUUUGAAAAAAAAUGAUUUGCAGCCACUCAUAGACUAUCAGAUGACACCUGGAGAUAUAUUGCACUACUGGACUCUUGGUUUUCUUUGGAAAUCUACCUUUGAAGACUACUUUUCGCUAAAAUAUCACCAGCAGAAAAAUUAAGUAGAUUGUCCUCAAAAGAAGACUGUAAAAAUACAACCAUUAAUGCUACUGUACAUAUUAUAUUAUAAAAUUGUUCUUCUGUUUUAUGCUUUCCUGUAAAUCUGGUCUAUUUGAUGACAUUUUACAUUUGCAGUAGAGGACAGGCAAAAUAAAUUCUUCAGAAUAUGUAAAUAAAGCUUUGUAGCAUAAAAUAACCAC